GUAUGCCCUGCUGUCUUAUUUAUUUGCACGAUGUAAUGUAUGAAUUAGCAUAAUUGGCUUUCCCAGCAGGGGCCGGGACCCUGGAUUCCUAUAAAAGCAGCGGCUGGAGGGCUUCUCAGCAGACACCUUGUGGACAGCAAGGACAUCGAGAGGAUCCUUGUUGGUUGCUGGUUCUUGCCCUGCGAUACGGAAUGAUGAGGGUCUCCGUCUGCCUCUGCUGGGUCCUCGCCGCCGUCUGCCUGGUACCCGCCGCUAGCUUCACACCGGACGAGAUCAAGGACGCUCUGCUGAAGACGCUUAAUCUGCCCGAGGUCCCCAAGUUGCAGAAACGGGAUGUUGAAAAUCUGAUCGUCCCUAAGAAAAUCCAAGAGAAAUAUAUCUCGAUGCUGCACAAGCACCGGGAGCGGCAGAGGAGAUCGGUACCCAGCCUGCUCGGCAUCCUCCGGAACAUUCAGGGAAACCAAGCGAUUUCCGGGGAGGUGAUGUACUCGAACCCCCAAAGGCAGACCCUGGUGUUCGACAUGGAAUCCAGACUCUCCAGCAGCAGCGAGGUGACCAUGGCAGAGCUAAAACUCUUUAAGAUGCCCCCCAACCUCGCAAACGUGCCCGAGAGAAGAGACCACCGAGCGGUCAGCAACGCCAGAGUCAGUAUCUGCUACGUGGAGAUCCUGAAGGAUGGGACCAACAGGACUCACCUGAUAGAUUCCAGGCUGGUGCCGAUCAUGGAGUCCGGCUGGAGGAGCUUCGACGUAACCUCGGCUGUGAACUACUGGAUGAAAAGCCAAGGCGACCCUGCCAUGUACCUGGAGGUCCGGGUGGACGGAGAGAAGCACGGGAGCUACGCCUCAGAGAUGGCCAAGCUGGUGCAGUUCACUUCGCAGAAGCCAACCGACGACCAAAUGGACAAGCCGGAGCUGGCCAUAUAUACUCUGGACCAAGAUGAAAAGGAUGCCCACGGGGACUGCUCCGCGCUCGGCGAAAACAAACACGACGUCUGCUGCAGGGAGGAGCACUUCAUCAAUUUCCGCCAGCUGACCUGGACACAGUACUGGAUCAUCGAGCCGGCCGGCUACAACGCUUAUCGGUGUACCGGCGGCUGCCGACAGCCCAAAGCGCCCUUCCUGAAGCAUCACUACGGCCAGAAGACCUGCGCGGUGGUGGAGAGCGCCCCCUUGCCCGUCAUGUACUUGGUCAAAAAGGGGGAUUACACGGAAAUCGAAGUGGCCGAGUUCCCUCAAAUGAUCGUGGAGAAAUGCGCAUGCUCCAUGGACAAUGCUCCCAGUUACUGA